AUGUCUUUUUCAAUUCUGUGGAAUGCCACUGUGUGUUUCAGCAAAUUGUCAGUUCUAUUGAUGUAUCCAACACUGAUACCCACAUUGUCAAUGUUGAAGCGGACCCGUGUUCUCGGCGCUUUGAUCAUAACGUGGAACAUGGCUGACUUUAUUGCUGUUUUGUUGAUAUGCCGACCGCUCGCGAAGAAUUGGGACUUGGGGUUACCAGGGACUUGCGGUAAUCAACCAGCGUUUUAUUUCGCAAUGGGGUUCGUCAACCUCCUUAUGGAUGCUGUAAUUAUCGUGCUACCAAUGCCAUAUCUUUACAAUUUGCGACUGGCUUGGCACGAGAAGUUAGCCGCGAUGGCCUUGCUUAGUGUUGGAGCAGGAACUUGGGCCAUUACUAUUUACCGACAAACACUACUACCUAGUUUGGACUUCACGGAUAUGACGUACAGCGGUGUGCUCGCCACAAACCUUUCGGGCCUUGAGCCUGCGGUCGCGAUCGCUCUGGCAUGCAUUCCCCACAUGCGCCCUUUGUUCAGGAAGUCAAGGAGGACUACCCACUCUAGCUACCAGUGCGGCAGUAGCAGGCAAAUUAGUCUUUUCCCAAAGAAAAGAAGCGAACUUCAUAGUAUCGACCCCACAGCUCCGUUCCCGAGAUUGGUGGACAACAACGAUGCUUCCUCGCAAGCUGAGCUGCAACCUAUCAACCCUUCGCACAUGGUUCGUGUCUCAUCUGUUUACAAGCACUAA